ACAAACUGUAAAGCGAAUAUAAAGAUAAAUACCUUAUCACUUUGAUAUACAGAAGUUAGUUAAUGAAAUUUUUUUAUUAAAAAAUAUACAUAAAAAAAUUGAAAAAGUAGCGCCAGGUUUUUGUCUGUAUAAAUAUUGUGUUUAGCCAACUUGAUAUGAGCUACAUUGAAGUAUUUGUCCUCCAAAUAUUAACACAACGAAAACAAAUUUUUCUAAUUAUUAUUGUUUAUAAUAUGAAACACUUGACUUUUAAUUUUAGAUGUGAUCACUAAAAAUAUGCUUUAUAUAAACUUUGCGCUAAUUGUUAUAUAUUUACAAUAGAUUCCAGUAGCUCCUGGAAGUAGAAAAGUCUGGCCUAUCUUUCCGGCACUGUUAUCAGCUGUCCACGAUGAUCCGUUACGAGUUGCAGUGAGAUAGUCAGCUCUGUAAUGUUGGGAGGGAGUGAAUGUCAUCGUACGAUUAGGUACUAAUGGAAGGUCACUGGAAUAACAGAAGUAGUCUAGGUCCGGAUACUCACAAACUUAUUUACAUCUGUACUUUGGCCACAGUACUCAUAUGAAUCACAUGUGUAUUUAUACUGCACUAUUUGGGAAUGCACGAGCAUUGCAAAGUCAUAACAUUUCUGUUGCCAGAACAAACAAAGUCUAAGGGAUCCAUAAUUAGCAAUUUGAAAAUAAAAACAGCUGUUUAAACCAAGGUUGAAAUCGGUAAUGCACUUAUUUUUUAACAUGAUGACAACCACUCGUGUCAACUUUCUUUUUCAUCGCAGAGCUUCAUUUUCCAAGAGUGGAUAAUUUAGAAGCAUACUAUUUGUGUGGUAAUCGAGUGCAAUGUAAAUUUAUACCACAUUCGUGAUUUUAACCAUACCACGAUUGGCUACUGAUAAUUACGCGAUAAACAAAGAGAAGACCACCUUAUCACAGGAUUAUGUGGAGAUUGCGUACAUAUCAUUACCAACUCAUUGCAUAAGUAUAGGCUAUCGUUUGUUUAUAAAAAUGCUUGAACGACCAUCAACUAGUUUAGUGAGUGAACACGUUGGACACUAACCAAUCACCUUAACCUCGAAGUUUAUACAGUUUUAAUUAUUAUUCGGUAGCUGAAAGAUAUUUUAUGACUCAAUCUUGUGACAAUAAAUGAAACAAUGGCUUAGAACACUACUCUGUUGCAGAGAACGACGUUACAGAAUCAUGUCUCGACAAAGCAGCUACGAUUUUACCCAUGGACUCUCGUCAAAUGAAUGGACAUAAAAGUGAAUCAAGUCCUGGAGGAUGGAGUCCGCUGUUAAUUCUGGCUGGUGCCACCUGCUGUUUAGGUUCCGCCCUGCCGACGGGAUACAAUAUUGGUGUCAUAAAUAAUCCUGCAGAUCUUAUGAAGACUUUUUGUAACGAAUCGAUCCAAGCACGUUAUAAUGUCGAAUUAUCAAAAGGGGCACUUAAUGUAGUUUGGUCGACAGUUGUUUCCAUUUUUCUGAUCGGUGGAGUAACAGGUUCGCUAUCUGCAGGUUGGUUGGCCGAUAAACUGGGAAGGAGGGGGGCCCUGGCAAUUGGAAAUGCAUUAGCAAUCCUUGCAGCAAUAUUGUUUUUAUGUGUAAAAGCCAUAAAUUCUGUAGAAGUUUUGAUGGCUGGACGACUCAUUGUGGGACUAUCCGCUGGUCUUGCCACUAGUCUGGUACCAAUGUACAUGACUGAAACAGCUCCUCUAAAACUGAGAGGAGCUGUUGGCGUACUUUGCCAAUUAGGUAUCACUGGUGGUGUGUUAGUUGGCCAAAUCUUAAGUCUUUCUUAUACUCUAGGAACGAAAGAAUUGUGGCAUGUCAUGUUAGCAGCCUUUUCACCUCUUUCUUUAAUUUCAUUGGGACUUCUAUACGUUUUGCCAGAAAGUCCGAAAUAUUUGUAUGUCAUCAAAGGCCGAGAAGGAGAUGCAAUCAAAGAACUGAGCCGACUGCGUAAUCUUGGCAGAUCUAUUUUGGAUAAUGAAAUUGCAAAUUUGGAUCAAGAAGCGAUUGCAGCAAAGAGGACUAGUACAUGGACAAUGGCACGCGUUUUCAAAGAUCCAACUCUACGACUGCCAUUGAUUUUGGUCUGUGCUAUGCAAGCUGGACAACAAUUGAGCGGCAUCAACGCUAUAUUUUAUUAUUCCAAUACGAUUUAUACAGAAGCUGGAUUAGGUGUCACUGCCUCAGAAUAUGCUACGCUUGGAACAGGAGUUAUUAAUGUUACCAUGGCAUUGAUCGCAGUACCAGUAAUGUCUCUGUUUGGAAGAAGAACCUUAUUUCUCCUCAGUUGUUACCUGGCAGCAGGCUUUCUGAUUGUUUCAUGUAUCUCAAUUAUAUUUAUAACCGCAGCUGCUGCCAUGCCUUGGCUCUGCCUUAUUGCGACUCUAGGGUAUGUCUUAGUUUAUGGAUUAGGAUUGGGCCCGAUACCUUACUUUAUUGGUUCUGAAUUGUUUGACGUUGGACCAAGACCUGCAGCCAUGGCUCUUGGGAGCGUUUCUAAUUGGGGUGGUAAUUUUAUUGUUGGAAUGACAUUUCCAGUGGUAGAGCAUGCAAUUGGAGCAUACAGUUUUCUCAUAUUUGCGGGCUGCACUCUACUGCUUGCAUUAUUGAAUAGAAUUUAUCUACCAGAAACACGUGGAAAGAGCACCAUGGAAAUAGCUGCGACUGUCACAAGAGGAUUCAACUCACGGCCUAAUUGACCAAAAGGUAUUCAAAUUAGACAUAAAUUAUUUGAUCGGUGUUUGAGGUGCUACCAUCAAAUGACUAGAGCAAUCGUACUUGGAUGGCCCAAAAAAAAUGAAUGGGUAAUAUUACAAAGGAACACCUUCCUAAAUGCGCAAAGCGCAGUGUUCGCUGUUAAAUUUUUUUUAACAGCCAUCAAUAUAUUUUAUACAACAGAAAUUGAUCAAUCGUUUACGAUAAAAAAUAAAUGAUUUACGAUCA